AUGGCCGUCGGAAAGAACAAGAGGAUUUCGAAGGGAAAGAAGGGAGGCAAGAAGAAAGUAGUCGACCCAUUUGCAAAGAAAGAUUGGUACGACAUUAAAGCCCCCUCGGUUUUCAAUACCAGAAACAUUGGCAAAACUCUUGUUACUCGUACUCAGGGUACUAAGAUCGCAUCGGAAGGACUUAAGCACCGUGUUUUCGAAGUGUCCUUGGCUGAUCUUCAAGGUGACGAGGACCAUUCCUACAGAAAGAUUCGAUUGAGAGCUGAAGACGUUCAAGGAAAGAAUGUUCUCACGAACUUCUGGGGCAUGAACUUUACAACAGAUAAAUUGAGGUCACUUGUGAGGAAAUGGCAAUCAUUGAUCGAGGCUCACGUCGAUGUCAAGACAACAGACAACUACACCUUGAGGAUGUUCUGCAUUGGAUUCACUAAGAAGCGUGCCAACCAGCAAAAGAGGACAUGUUAUGCUCAAUCAAGCCAGAUUCGCCAAAUUCGCCGGAAGAUGCGGGAGAUCAUGAUCAACCAGGCACAAUCUUGUGAUCUCAAGGAUCUGGUUCAGAAGUUCAUACCCGAGUCAAUUGGAAAAGAGAUUGAGAAGGCCACUUCAAGCAUUUAUCCUCUGCAGAAUGUGUAUAUUCGAAAGGUCAAGAUCUUGAAAGCUCCCAAAUUUGACCUGGGCAAAUUGAUGGAGGUUCACGGUGAUUACAGUGAAGAUGUUGGAGUGAAGUUGGACCGGCCUGCUGAGGAGCCAAUGGCUGAGGAAACUGAAGUGGUCGAAACUGAAACAAAGAUCGUAAUGUGGCAUUAUGACAAAGAAAGGUACGUACACGGUUCUGAACAGAUAGCAUCAGAAGGACUUAAGCACCGUGUUUUCGAAGUGUCCUUGGCUGAUCUUCAAGGUGACGAGGACCAUUCCUACAGAAAGAUUCGAUUGAGAGCUGAAGACGUUCAAGGAAAGAAUGUUCUCACGAACUUCUGGGGCAUGAACUUUACAACAGAUAAAUUGAGGUCACUUGUGAGGAAAUGGCAAUCAUUGAUCGAGGCUCACGUCGAUGUCAAGACAACAGACAACUACACCUUGAGGAUGUUCUGCAUUGGAUUCACUAAGAAGCGUGCCAACCAGCAAAAGAGGACAUGUUAUGCUCAAUCAAGCCAGAUUCGCCAAAUUCGACGGAAGAUGCGAGAGAUCAUGAUUAACCAGGCACAAUCUUGCGAUCUCAAGGAUCUGGUUCAGAAGUUCAUACCUGAGUCAAUUGGAAAAGAGAUUGAGAAGGCCACUUCAAGCAUUUAUCCUCUGCAGAAUGUGUAUAUUCGAAAGGUCAAGAUCUUGAAAGCUCCCAAAUUUGACCUUGGCAAAUUGAUGGAGGUUCACGGUGAUUACAGUGAAGACGUGGGAGUGAAGUUGGACCGGCCUGCUGAGGAGCCAAUGGCUGAGGAAACUGAAGUGGUUGAAACUGAAACAAAGAUCGUAAUGUGGCAUUAUGACAAUGAAAGGUACGUACACGGUUCUGAACGGGUAUUGUCUUUUGAUUUCGGAAAGCAGGAAAAGCACAGGCACAAGUUUGAUGGUCUUAGCCACUGGUGGUAG